AAAAACUGCGCAAUUUCUUGAAGGAGUCCUCAUCCACAGCUCGGAUCGUGCGCAGUGGACACCUCUGGAUGAUGAUUCAAGGAUGGUGGUUCCUGCCUUUUUCCUGCCUCUCGCCUUUCAUUUAUUUUUGUAAUUCAGUGCCAGCUCAGAAGAAGAGGAAGAGGAGCUGUGCAACCAUUCAGAAACGGCGAUACGACCAUGAGGAGGUGCAACAUGCAGACAUGUUUUCUUUUUUAUUCCUCCACUGCACCUAAACGCGUUUUGGAUGCUGGAUGGAGGUCUAUUCGUGUUUUUUGAGAUGACAGAGGAGGGUGAGAGGGUUUUGUUUUUAAGGGGGCUGCGUCAUCCUCGGAUGGGCAUAGAGAUGGACUGCUGUGCAGAUCUUUCUCUGGUUUUCGCUGCUGAUUCUGGGAUUAACAUCUGAAAGAAGCUGUGAGGAUAAUGGGCCGUCGUCUCAGUGCUAAGUUUGAAGAACCACCAGCGCCUGACUGAAGUCCUAAUGAUACGACUAACGGCCGCUGACUGUUGGAGUCUAACAAGAUGCUCGGCGACGUCUGCAGCUGGAACAAUCCUCCAUCGGAAGGGAGGGCCGACCUGCAUCCGUACAGAACGUACCUGCUCAGGUUGGCCCACCCACUUACAACCAAAUCACACUCGGUGUGUGUGUACACCACUGGCAGGAGGUUGGAGUUGUCAUGGUGGACCAUAGGUCCUGAGAGUAAAAGGGCAAGGACUUCGUCUGCAGUCACUUGCCAGUUGGCUUUUAGGCUCCUGGUGCAGAAGACAAGGGAGUCAGACGUUGCCGAUUUUCUCAGUGUUGGAGUGAGGCCCUCUCUGUGCUGCACUGGAGGGCUUCACAGAUACAGCUAGUCUGGCUGGAUGCAUCACGCAGUGGAGAAGUUAAACGGGCGAGGCACACGGGACUCCUUCCCUCUGGACGGACUCAACCGGGGCCAAUGGCCUCCCGUGAGCAGCCGCACCUGGCAGCCACCUGCCAGGUGUUCGCCUGCAAUGAACCAACAGCAGCUACUUUCCCAUAUACCUCCUGGAGCGCUAGGUGGAUUAAACCAUCACAAUAAAUAUUUAAGUAAUGGGCCGAUGCGAGGAGGUGAAAAGCUUGAUUUCCCACCAGCAAUGUUCCCAGGAAUGCAUCGGGAACAGCAGAGGCCUCCCCCUCAACAUCUUCACCCUCCCCCUCACAGAGUAUGGGAUCAGCAGUACGACUCCCACCUUCCCCCUCAAGCCCAUCCGGUUCUAUCCUUGCCCAACAGCCAUACAGUGCGUCUCUUUAAUGGUUAUGCUGGUGGCCAUUUGCUCAACCCACAUCUUCCACCUAACCGAACGAACCCACUGCUAAAGGAUCCCCGGGGUCCACCACUGCUGGGAGAUGAGAUGCGGGCUCAGGUGCACCAGCAGAGAGGCUACCCAGGGAAGAUGCCAGGGGGUCAGCUGAAAAGACCAGGUCCUCUUCUGGGGGAGCACUCUGUCAUCCAACACACUCCUCCAGCGUCACUGCACAUACCCCCCCAUCCUACAGUAGAGGACACUCCCAGUCCCAGCAAGAGGAGAAAGAGUUCGGAUCAGGUAUCCCACUCAGGGAUGCAGCAUUUUUCUGGCCAAUCGUCAUCUCAACAGCAGACAUCAAUUCAUCACCAUCCCCCAAAGCCUGCUUUCUGGAACCCCAUUCAUAAGGACAACGGCGUCCCCUGGCAGCCCCCGACAUCAGACAGAAAACAUCCGCAGGAGUAUCAGGAAAGUAAUAAACAAGGGAUGUGCAGCUACACUUCAAAGACCUCUCCUAACUCCUCCAGCCCUUCCAACCUCUCAUCCCCUCCACCAAACUCGUCUCCAGGAAGCUACAACCAGGGAUGUACUCCUCAGCUCAAGAAAGAUAUGCUACAACCUCAGGCUGUGAACCCCCAUUCCUCCUACCCAAAUCCAAGCUCUAAACUAGAGCUAGGCCCCACCUGCCUGGCUGUGGAGCCCCGUGGUUUCCACAACCAGAAAAGCCCGCUUGGUGGGGGCCACAUACCCCCUACUCCAACAAGGGGAGACAAAGAUCAUCGAGUAAGAGCUCAGUCGUCACCAGCAAACGCUUCUGCAACCAGCAACAAAAACAGCAGCAGCAGCAGUGUGCCUUACAGCCACUUCCAGCCUCACCCGGGGCUACAACACCUGGGUGCUCCUCCACCCCCUCCUCCUGCCAGCAGCACCUCAGUACCUCAGCAGCAGCAAAGUGGUCCCAGUGAGGCUUGGAGAUACCAGAGCAGGCCCAACAGUCAUUCCCUGCAGUCGGUGGUCUACACACCUCCAGGUCUGCUACCUCAAUCCCAGCAGAGCCACAAUCAGAUUAUAGACGGUCAACUUUCAGGUCCCCCCAAGCAUCAACCCCACGUCGGCCCCCCUGUGCCCCCGACCAACUCCACCCGAACGCCUGUCAUCACAACCAACCCCCCUUUGUCCCUGUCCUCCUGCACCAUCAGCCACUACAGCUGCAGCUCAGACGGUGUUAUCUCUUCAGGGUCUACAUCACCCCCUACUGGUUGCUCUUUGAACAACCGCUCAAGUCAAAACAGUUGGAGAGGGAUAAUGAAUCCAAAGCCCCAGAACUCCACCAGCCCCAAAUCUCAGGUGGGAGUUCUGAUACAACCAGGUUGUCAGAGAGGUCAGGCUCAACGACAUGACCUGCCUAAACAUCAACACCAGGAAUCCACAAAAUCCCAGCCCACCAAAGGGAAGAUGUCAUACUAUGCUCAGGCUAAUCUGGAACAACCUACUCCUCCAUUUUCCUCAUCGUCUUUGUUCUCCUUAGGGCACAACAAGGCAGAGGACAGUGUAAUCACAAGGCGAGAUUCAAAUCCUCUUCCAAACUCCCCUACUACAUACUGCCCAGCCUCUCUUCUCUCUGUCAACUCUUCGCCUAAACGGUCCAGACCGAAUCAUCAGUCGAACUCCUCAUCAACACAGAUGUUCUCCUUGCCGCAGGCUUCAACCUCUGUCCCUCAGACGAUAGGAGAUGUCUUAGACAAGCUUGACGCCGAGCUGGAGGGACAUAUGAAAGCUGAGGAGCGGCGAAGGCGAGACAGAGAAGAGCAGGAGAGGAAGAGAGAGGAGUUGAAACAAAAGAGAGAGUUGGAAAUGAGACGAAAGCUGGAGGAGGAGAGACAGAGGAAGCAGGAAGAGGAAAGGAGGAGAAAGGAAAUGGAACAAAUGGACAUGGAGAGAAAAAGAAGAGAGUGGGAUAAGCAAGAGGAGGAACGGAAAAAGAUGGAAUGGGAAAAAAGAGAGCAAGAAAGGAAGAGGAAGGAAUGGGAGAGACAAGAGGAGGAGAGAAAGAGGGCGGAAGCUGAGAGACAGGAAAGAAAGAGGAGAGAAAUAGAGAGGAGUAAGGAGGAGAAGAGGAAACUUGAGGAGAAAAAUAAAAUGGAGCAAAACAAAGAGAAAAAUCUUUGCAGUGCUAAAGGAAAAGAACAGACUGCUAUUGAAAACCUGGAAAGACUCCUCUCUGGGAACACCCCCACAGUGCCCCCACCUCCCCCCCUCUCAGUUUCUACACCUCCCUCAGCUGCAUCACCCUGCACCUCCCAGGCAUCUCCUCCAUACCCUUGGCUCAGUCGUGGCGGUGUACCUGCCGCUCCAAUUGCCCAGACCCCCAGCAACCCCACAGAGAGGCUUCGCCCCCCUCCUCUAACGCCGCAGACUGAGUACGCCAGAGAAAAGCAGCGGCAGAGGGAGAUGUGGAGCAACGGCGGCGGCGCAGCAUUUAAUCCCUCAUCAACACUCAGUACCUCAGGGAUGAACCACCCCAUAUACACCAACAAGCCCCUAGCGAUGCAGGCAGCACCCAACCAAUCCAAAGACUCCGGCAGGGAUAGAGACCAGCAUCAUCUCCCUACCAUGGCAAUUAGAGAGCCCCCCAAACUCUAUCAAGCAUUUUCAAGAGACAGCCUCCCCCUGCCACCUUUGUCCUCAAGCUCCACCUCUGCCAGGGGAAUCAACAACAAGCAGUUGAUGCAAAGCAGCUCGGAAAAGACCGGUGCAGAAUCAGACAGUGCUCAGUUUGAGGAGGAGCCUUCUGAAAUGUCCACAAUGCUUCCUGAUGGUCUGGCUAACAUUAUGGCAAUGCUGGAUGAAUCGAUCAAAAUGGAGGAGGAAAUGUACAGCAAUGAAAAGAAUGGGUCUGCAGGUCUCAUACACAACUUCAUCCCAAGUGCUGACCCCAUCAAGAGCUACCUGUGUGCCCCAGACCUGAUCCCAGCCACAAAGCAUCAGCCUAAUCAGGAAGACUUGGGGUCAAACCCAAGCCCCCCUGUUCUUAGCCGCCAAGGCUCUCUGGCAUCCCCUUGCAGCCGAACUUCUUCCCUUGAGGAAGAGGAGGACUACCAUAAGGCUUCUUCAAAUGUUCCUCUGAGCACUAAGCCAACUGUGGACAUGGAAGUUGGAGUAGGGAAUACAAAUUACCGCCACAGCGACCUGGCUAAACUCUACGGCCUCCCAGAGCAGACUAAAAGCGAAGCGGAUGAAGAAUCUGAAGAGGAUUCAGAGGCCCCAUCUUGUUCUCCGCCGCCCCAGAGACCCCACCUUCAUCAGACAGGUGUAAACAGUAUAUUUAAGUCUCUAGCAACAGUGUUGGAAAGCCAGAAGUAUGCCUAUCGAGGCGGGCCUUUCGGGAGACCACCUCCAUCAGCUCUGGUUGGUGUCAAAUAUUCCUCUUCAUUGUCGCUGGGCCCUGAUAUCUGCCGCCAGCAGCAGGGCAAUUCUCCCACAUCAGAUUCAACAAGUCCACCAUUCAGUCCUGCUGUCCCACCUCAGAAAUCCUUCCCUCAUACACUACUGGAGGACAAGAAACUAAAAACAGAGGACAGCGACAUGUGGACAGACGAGGGGGAGAUGGAAGAAAGCUCCAACUCCAUGGAAGAGAGGAAAACCAUAAAGCCCAUUAAGGUGAUAAAGAAUGAACAAGAGAUGACCACCAUCUCGGAGUCUUCUCUGAAGAAGCUGGGGAAGAGCUGUGAAGUCAUGCUGUGUCGACAGUCGCUCGAUAGACCCGACCACCGUAGCAAGACCAAGGAUAGACAUAAAACCGAGAAAGUGAAGGAGCAUAAAGACAAGAAAAGAAAGCACCGUCACAGCAGCAGGAAGCAUGAGGACAAGAAGGAAAGGAAGAAGCACAGAGAGAAGAGAGACGAUGCUUCUUCUUCCUCGUCGUCAUCCUCUGGCUCCGGCCACAAGCGCCACAGAGACGGCAAGAGCCACAAAGGGAAAAAGGACCGCAGAAUUCUGGGGGAUCUCAAUCUCCAGAGGCGGGAGUCUGAGAAGUAUAGGGUUCAUUGUGAAUUGGAUAAAAAGAAACGGAGAGAUGGUACUGGCUCUUCCAGCGAGCGUGCAGAAUGGACCUCGAGUUCAGGGGAAACAUCUUCUGAACACAAAAAAGGCACAGAUACUGGCUCGUCUUUAGGUUCCAAAGACUUAAUGAAAUUGAAGGCGCUUUCAGACGGGCAACCCAAGGAGCUGAAGAUUCGCCUUAUCAAGGUGGAAAGCGGGGACAGGGAGACGUUCAUUGCCUCCGAGGUGGAGGAAACGAGGAUUCCUCUAGCAGAAAUCAGCAUCAAGAACACAGCAAGUGAAAUUAUCCGCUCCUGCAAGGCAGCUCGUAUCAAAGGGAAAUUUAAGGAGUCGUAUCUGCUGCAAGCCUUCUCUGUUAAACCCAUUAUAAGCACAGAUGAACCUAUUCCUAGAGAGAAACUCAACCCUCCUACACCCAGCAUCUAUUUGGAAAGCAAGAGGGAUGCCUUCUCUCCGGUCCUGCUGCAGUUCUGCACAGACCCGAAGAAUCCUGUUACGGUCAUCAGGGGACUAGCUGGAUCUCUUCGACUCAACCUGGGACUAUUUUCCACGAAGUCUCUCGUGGAGGCAAGUGCGGACCAGGCGGUUGAGGUGAGGACUCAGGUGCAGCAGCCUGCAGAUGAGAACUGGAACGCCAGCGGCACAGGUCAGACGUGGCCCUGCGAGAGCAGCCGCUCCUACACCACCAUCGCCAAGUACGCCCAGUACCAGGCCUCCAGCUUCCAAGAGAGUCUUCAGGAGGAGAAAGGCAGCGAUGAGGAGGAAGACGACGACGAGAAGAAGCCACCUGUUAGUGCUGAUACUAACAAAGAUGCCUCUAAAGAGAGUAACAAUGGGGAGCAGAAACCCAUUGGGAAGAUCAUCAAAUUUGGCACAAAUAUUGACCUCUCUGAUCCCAAAAGGUGGAAGGCCCAGCUUCAGGAGCUGCAGAAGCUUCCAGCAUUUAUGCGGGUAGCCUCCAGUGGGAACAUGCUAAGCCAUGUUGGACAUACCAUCUUAGGCAUGAACACCGUCCAGCUCUACAUGAAGGUUCCCGGGAGCCGAACGCCUGGUCACCAGGAAAAUAACAACUUCUGCUCAGUUAACAUCAACAUUGGCCCUGGAGACUGCGAGUGGUUCUCUGUGCAUGAAGACUACUGGGAGGCAAUCAAUGACUUCUGUGAAAAACAUGGAGUGGACUACUUGACAGGGUCCUGGUGGCCGGUGUUGGAGGACCUCUACAACGCCAACAUCCCUGUUUAUCGUUUCAUCCAGCGGCCUGGAGACUUGGUUUGGAUCAAUGCUGGUACCGUCCACUGGGUGCAGGCUGUGGGAUGGUGCAACAACAUUGCAUGGAACGUUGGACCUCUCAAUGGCUACCAGUAUCAGCUGGCCCUGGAGAGGUUUGAGUGGAAUGAAGUGAAGAAGGUCAAGUCCAUCGUUCCUAUGAUUCAUGUUUCCUGGAAUGUGGCCCGCACUAUCAAGAUCACUGAUCCAGACACCUACAAAAUGAUCAAACACUGCCUGCUGCAGUCCAUGAAACACAUCCAGAUCCUUCGGGACCAACUGAUAGCUGAGGGAAAGAAGAUUUCAUAUCAGAGUCGGGUCAAAGAUGAGCCGGCCUACUACUGCAAUGAGUGUGACGUGGAGGUGUUCAAUUUGCUGUUUGUGACGUGCGAGAACAGCAGCAGGAAGACGUACGUGGUCUACUGCGAGGACUGCACCAGGCGGCGCUGCCCCAACCUGAACAACAUCGUGGUGCUGGAGCAGUACAGCAUAGAGGAGCUCAUGAACACAUACGAUUCCUUCAUUUUGGCUUCCUCCUCUCGGUGACACAGCUCCCGCCCCCCUGUGUUUCCUCAGCCAUAACCAAAACUCAUGCAGCGCCAGGACAAAAAGACAGUUUUCACUUUGGUUUUUCAGCCCAACAUUUCAUCAUUAUUUUUAUUUUUUUGCUCCUGCUACUACUUGCCGAUCAGCCAGCUGAAUACGUUUACUCGUUACUGUUUACAGAAUCAACAGAAAAAAGAAAAAAAAACGCCAACAACAUCCCAGUGUACUCUCAGAUGGUGCUUUGAAGCAGAAACCCUGUCGGUUAGCAGGGCAGCUGGUGCUGCCAUUGAACAAACUGUGGAGGAUAGACGGUUUCGAUGGCGCAAUUUUCUUUCUUUGGUCUUGAAUACUGAAAUUUGUACAAAAUCUGUGGGGUGCUGUCGUUUUCUAAAUAAUUUAUUGUUUCAGGUUGCUUUUUUUUCUAAACUAGAUCAGCCUAGAUAUAUACCACAUUGGCCUUGUAUUUAGAAAAGAAAGAAAUGAAAUUACUAAUAGAGAUAUGAACAUUUUUCUAAAGCAUUAAGUAUUUUAAAAAUUACAAUUGUUUGGAUCGCUUCAAAAGAUACGGGUUUAGCAACAGUUUUUUUUUUAAAGGGGGGAUUGAGUUCUUUUUCAGAUGCUUGUAUUUGUUGUAAAUCUUGUCUCUAUGAACUUUGUUUUUAUCUGGAGAUUAAUACUCAGCUGUCACACAUCAUCAGGUCUUUUUUUUUUUUUUUGUAUCUCUGUAUGAAUUAGUCCAGAAAAAAAUCAUCAUCCGACGUGUGCUGUACCUCGGUUUCAGUAUGCAGUUUUCCUUCUUUUAGCAAAUGUACAUUUAAUUUAAAAUGUUUUCUCUAUUUAUUGGAUAUUAAUGUUCUCCCUUUUGAAUGGAUUGUACAUUUUUUCCCUCCUUAUUUGACAUGGUGACUGCUUUGUAAGAACUGAAACGGGGAGGUAUCUCUGUGGCGGUGAAGGGUGCUGUUUUCCUGGUGCUUGCCUCUCUGCCUCAUCUCUCCUGAUAUAUAUUGAAUUAAAUCUUUAUCCUGAAUAUAACACCACCUUUUCUGUAGACAAUAGACACACUGCUCACGUAGAAGAUGACUAACGGAAUGCUGUGUUUGUAUAUUCUCAUUAAGGAAAAAAAAAACUAAUUUUUCCAAAGUGUUUUGAGAAAUGGUAAUUUUUUUUUUUAUUACGUAGGGGGCUUUUAGACAAGAUUUUUAUGAUAUUUGUUGAAUAUGAUAAUGGGAUAGAUGGUGCUAAAUGUUCUCUUUUGAACAAACUUUUCUUUUUUUUUUGUCCUCUAAAAAUGAGAAAUCUAUUUUUCCUGUUGCAAUAUUACCUUUUCCUUCUCUUUGUGGUCAUUUAUUUAUAACUGCACUGUUUUAGCGAAUUCACACAGACCUACUUGCAGACACACACACCAAACUGAGCCAGACAUGUCUUAAAACACUUGUGAAUUUGUGUGACAUUACUAUGACUAUUAAUUAAAUAAACACUUGAUAAAUCCAG